GACCACCACUUCUCUACUAAUAGCCUAGUAGUAGUAGCAGCAGGAGCAGCAAAGCUCCCACAUCCACCGACGGUCAUGGCCUUCUGGGGUGUGGAGGUGAAGCCCGGCGAGCCGUACGUCCAUGAGCCCACCCGCGGAGGCCGCCUCCGGAUCCGACAGGCUACACUAGGUAAUUAUGAUUAUGUUGGUUGGAGCAUGCUAGAGUGCAAUGUUGGUGAUAUGAGGCCUGUGAGGCUCUGCGCAAUGAAUUCCACGAGCGCGCUCAUGUGCCAUCUAGACCUAGAAUAUGAGGAGAAGGAAAAUGUUGUCAUCUCUGUGCUUGGGAAUAGUUCUAUUCACCUGUCAGGAUACUACAUCUGCUCGCAAAAUGCUGAUCAAGGCCACUAUAGUGAGAAGCCCACCGGUAAAGCCACAAGUCAUACAUGCCUGAAGAGAAAGUACCAAGGUUGUGACACUGAUGGCAAGAAUGAUGAUCUUCUAAGGAAGACGAUUAUCUUUGAAGAUGGGAAUGGCAUUGGUAGUGGCCACCUCCCUAUCCCCAUUGCUUUCUCGAAGAAAAAGACUGCCAAGAAGAGGAAAUGUAAGACCCCAAGUAUAGAGCAGGUGCCAAAUGAUCAACACAAUGGCAUGGAUCAGGUGAAUGAGCAGACAGAUUCUAAAAUCAUGGUUUCCAGCGCAGUGCAUAUUGCACCAAGUCAAGCUCAUGAGAUUACACUGGAUGGCAUUGAUGUUCAAAAUGCUAGCCAGGAGCAAAAUGCUGUAGAGACUGAAGGACAACAUGAUACUGCAGUUCAAAUUACCGGGAAAAUUGGCCCGAUAAUCAUGAUGUCUGAUGAUGGUGCUACUAAUCUACAAGGUGUUUUAAAACAAAAUGAAGAUGAUAGUUGUGAAAAUGCACAUGCUAGAAGUGUACAUACUGGAAAGGGCCCUAUCAGUCCUCGCAGUGGUGAUCAUGACCACUAUAGCGACAAGUUCACUAGUAAAGCUGCAAGUCCUCCAUGCUUCAAGAGAAAGCAUCAAGGCGAUGAGACUGAUGACAAGAACGAUGCUUCUCCAAAGGAGCCUAUAGUUAGUGAGGCUGAUGGCAAGGAUGACACUCCUCUAAAGGAACAUGUACUUAUUGAAGAUGGAGAUGACGACGACGAACACCUCCCUAUGCGUGUUAGGGAGUCCAGCACAAUGCAUCCUGUGCCAACUCAAGAUCACGAGACACAAGAAGCCAGUGUUGUCCAAUGCAGUGUUGGUGCUAUAAAUCAAACAACCGGACAAACCGGUCCUCCAAUCACGGCUGACAGUUUCCUUGUUACUGGUGCUACUGAGCUACAAGGUGUCAAAAAACAAAAUGAAGAUGCUGAAAAUUCUCAAAAUGUGGACACUGGAAAGGGUUCUAUCCACAAAACAACACUUAAUGAUGAGCUGAUAGUAGAGGACCUGGAUGUGGGAAGCGCUCAUGGCAGUAUUGCAUCUAAUGGCAGCAAGGUUACUGUGAAAUAUGUUGGUACGUUGCUGGGUGGGCCAACUGUCGACCCUAAGAGCAUUCACAAGUUCCGACUUGGUGCUGGCCGUGUAAUUCGUGGAUGGGACCUCGGUAUUGCUGGUAUGCGUGUUGGAGGCAAAAGGAGACUCACGAUUCCUCCUGCUCUGGGCUACGGGGGCGAAGCACAUGGACAGAUUCCAGCAAACUCAUGGCUCGUCUAUGAAGUUCAGUUAACUAAAGUGCAGCGGUGCAAAAAGGCAUCUGAUCAGGCUUCUGUGAAUCCAUGCUAGAUGAAGGCAGCAGAUGUCAUCUUUUGGUUCGCUCUUAGCAGAAACCUGACAUACAAAUUAGCAAUCUUUUGUGUAGUACUCGAAGAUGGAUGGUAAACUUAGUAGCAGCCAUCCUUAUCUAUAGUAUUGCUUUGGCAGAGAAUGUGCUGAACUGCCUGUGUGUAGCACAACUAAGCGUAGUGCUCCAUAUUACCUAUUGUUUAUGCCUUUUGCUGUUGAUUGUCUUAGUAUGCCGUGUGCGAACUAACUGUAUUCCACUUGGACCUCCAGGAUCC